GCUAUACUCGUAGUGAAUGCGUUAUGGAGCUGCCAGAUGUAGUGAAAGAGAAGUUGAUAGAACUGGAUGAUGAGAAUAACCAGCUGAGAGCGGAAGUAACACGGUUGCGGGCCAGUAUCGUCAACAAGGAUGAAAUAUUGAAUGAGCUAGAAGAAGAAAAUGUUCAAUUACGUACAGCAAAGCAGAAAAUUAGUUCAGACAAUACUAAAUGUCUACAGCUAGAGCAGACAAUUGUCAGUUUGCGAGUGACGCUUGAAGAAAAGACUCGAGACUCGUAUAAUUUGAUGCAUGAGGUGGAAACUUUGACUGCUUCACUUGUCUCUGCACAAAGCGAAAUUGAUGAGCUGCGCAGAGCUUCCACUCCACCCUCUACGGAGGAAAGCAUCAUCGUGGAGCCAUCAAAUAGGGAAGAGAUGAUGCGUCUGCAAGAAGAGAAAGACGAUGCUUUGUUUGAAUUACAAGAAGCCAGAAAGCGUAUCCUUGAACUGGAAUCUGAGCGAGAAGACCUCAUAGAGCGGGCAGAGGCUGCCAAUGCCGAAGCACGGGAUAUGGCUAGACAUUUGAAGGAGAUUCGUGAACAAAUGCAUGAAUUAGAAACGGAGCUUGCAACAUCUCGUACUAAUCUAAAUAUCGCGAAUCGUGGAAAUUCUAUGUUUGCCGAGUUUGCUGAGGAGCGCUUGAAGUUAGAAGCAGAUAUGAAAGCCUUGUUUGCGAAAUACGAGGCUGUUCGCAAACAAAAUUACGACCUUUCAAAUGAGCUAGAUGAAGCUCGCUUGUUGGCAUUGCGACGGACCAGGAGUGAAGGUACUGGAAGAUGUCGUUGCCAGGAACUAGCUCCUGAGCUGCGUCAGCUUAGAGGACGAGUGCAAACCCUAGACGACCGCUUAUUCAGAGCAAGAAACGAACUUCUAGAUAUAGGCAGAACGACCAAGGGCAUUGAACCGAAGCUCAGAAGUUUCUAUACAUCUUUGAAGAUAGAAAUGGGAGCUUUGCGUGACGAACGUGAUAAAUAUCGUGCUGACAGGGAUAAGCUCAUAGAAGAAAAGGCUGAUCUUGCGGUGCGAGUGGCUAAUGCAGAGAAAUCGGUUGCUGAUGCACAAGAAGAUAUCGAAACCUUGAAGUUACAGCUAGCUAUGAUGAAAGAGCGGGAGCAGAAAAAAGAUGCUGCCAAGGUGUCUGAAAUGAUGAGUAAGGGAUGUAGCGAUCAAGAGCAACGUCUGUUGUCUAUACUGAAUCAUAAUCAAUUUACACCUGCUGCUUCGAACAGACCAACGGUACAGACCCCUUCUGUUAUUCAAUGCGUACUAGAAACACCACAAUGCUCUGCUUUACCUCGCACUUCAUUGCAAAGAGAUCUACAAGGCUCAUUUAAUGCUGCAGCUGAUACCGGUGAAAGGCCCUUCAGUGGACUAAAAAAGCUUCGGUUUGCCGACAACAGUAUGAAUGAUGAAGAGGAUCAUAGUAGGAGGGAUUCUAUAAGUGCCAGUGAACUGCGAAGGAUAGCUCGUAAACAAGCUCGACGUGGUCAAUCGAAAGUUCUUCCAGUUCCUGAGAAUUUGAAAAAAGUGACAGCUAAGAUUGUCAAUCCAAGUGCCUUACCUCCAAAAUCUGCUAUCACGGAUACGUUCAAAGGGGAAGGGUCGGAAGCUAAAGUGGAUGCGUCAUUGUUGACUUCGACUCCCGCAACAGGAGCUUUGUCUUCACGGCGGUCUUGUGCAGGCGAUGUAAGCUUACACGACAUGAGCGUACUGCACAAAUUAUCAGACUCCAUUCAUCAAGACGUAUUUGAAAAUAUUCAUCCACAGUCAGUUUUAUCGGAAGUCGAAGUGGAUGCAGAGCUCAAUUUUUCAAGUAGACGAAGUACCAUACUAGAUUCCACAAAGGAAUUCAACAGGACAGCUUUAGAGGACGUUCCGGAAGAAAAAGAGAACGACUCGUCAAUGAAAUCAUCACAAAGUUCUGUAAAAUUGUAACCUGUAUAAUCUGAAGUUACUUAUAACCAUUACUUAUGUAUUUUGCACCUGAGGUGUUUAUCACUAGUAUGAUCUUCUAUUCUAUGCAUGCUAU